AUGAUCGGAAUCAAUCAACUGGUCGCUGCCGAAUUCAAUUCGAUCCAGUCAUCAUCACUGGCAACCACGGUGGCCACAACUAUUGGCAACCUGUCCAACGCAAUCUCAAACACAAAACUGGAAAACAGUCCAAGCAUUGAGAUCAACCGGGCAGGAUACAUUUCCGGCACGGAGACAGACAUAAACUGUACAGAUUUGUCCAAAAGUCAGUCAAGUCAGUCGGAACUGUCCGUGUCGCUUUGCCAUCUGGAACGUAACUCCGCCAAUUCAGAGGCUGAUGUAGAUUCCCUGUCCGAGUUCAGUCCACUACACAGUCGUCGUCGUAAACAAAUCAAGCCUCAGCGAACCAAGGAUACUGAAGGAAGACUAGUUAACAUAUGGCGUGAUGUGCGCAUCACUCCACUAUCUAAGAAAGAAAAGGGUAAGUUUCGGUCUAUUGCCUUAUCUUAA